AUGAAAGUGUAUAUAUAUAUAUAUAGAAAUGAAGUAAGCGCUACGGAACGCAAAACAGCUACGCUUGCAAACAUCGCUAUGUACCACCGCUGGCUCAACUAUGCACUGGACGAAGAUGAAUCACUUACUCGACAUUGCACUCUACUUGUGGACUCUCCAGAUAUCUAUCAGCACUCGAAAACUGCCGGCGCUGCCGGCGCAACUAUAGGAGUUACAGCCAUCGCAAUAGAGCGCCAAACAGGUCAAUUCUUUAUCUCAGCUGGAACUGAUGGGAGUUUGUCUAUGUGGCAGUUUGAAUCGCGACAUUCUGAUGAUCACACACGCGGUACAAACCUCAAUAAGCGUAGACACUAUCUUAAGGGCUCUAUUGCAGAACAUCGCCAACCUCUUCCCCGCAAAAUGCUAGAAAGACAUAACGUGCGACAAGUGAAAAAUAUAGUUACAUACAGCCAGCGCUCGCUCAUAGCACCACCAAGCAUAUCUAGCACUCAUUACUACGACUCUUUUUCAUCGGAUGAACACCUGCAAUCCGCGCCCGGCGUCCACACAGUCACGAACUGUCUAUUCUACGCCCGCGACAAUGGCAUGUUCAUAACCGCAGGGACUGACUACACAAUUAAAAUUUGGGACACGGCUGCAUUCCAGUCAGUGCAUUCGAUAUCACUUCCCUAUCGUAUAAACCAGAUAGACACUAAAGAAGAUCUAAUUCUCUGUGGUCUGGACGAUAAGAAUCCUUGCGUACUAGACUUACGCAACGUGCGAGGGAAAGGAAUGAUACUGGGCUCUCGAUCCAACCUCCCUAAUUCGCAAGUCUUAUGCGCCAAAUUCGUUGCUGCUCCUACCUCAAGUACUUCCCCCGAAUACUCUGAUACGCGUUACGUCAUCACUGGCGACAGUGCGGGAUCGCUUCGGACCUGGGAUUUACGUAUGGCCAACAGAUGCGUCUGUACUGUCACCGGCGCACAUCAUACAUACACAAACGAUAUUUCAAUCGAGCCCACUCCCACCGCAACCAGGAAAUUUCUUUCUACGGGCAAAGAUGGAAAGUGCAAAAUUUGGUCAACAGCAAACGGACUUUGUUGCUUGAAGCGAGAACUAACGCCUGCUGACGCCUUUAGGAACAGAACUCCCAAACGUACAUCCCGACGACUUCUAUGGCAUGAAAAAUACUGCUAUGUAAAUUCGGACCAGGGAGACCUCCUAAUUUAUGAGUGCGAUACCGGAGCCCUUGUUCACGCGCUUUCAGUUCCGCACACUUUAAACGUACCGGGCGGAAACUUACAAGGUAGACGCAGCAUUAUACAAGCAAUGGAUAUACAACCAAUACAGAGUAACACAGUCGGACCACGUCUAAUACUUGGUACAGACUCUUUGACUGGCUCGUUGCUCGAUUACCAACUUACCUUUAUGUAG